AUGGAUGAAGUCGAAGAUAGUCGUUUCAAUUACAAUUUUCCACCUGAAAUUGAUGGUUAUAAAAUUGCUCAAGGUAAUAAAAUGGUAGCGAGAGGCGCAAUUUUAUUUUUUUUGGGAAUUUCAACCGGUGUUGCUCUAUCAAGGGUGAUCCCCAUCUUAACAUACACCGUUUGGAAACUUGACACUUAUAAUAUAACUUGCGAAGAAAUUUUUCCGUUCUUAUUAAGAACGCCGUUUCCUACAACAUCAACACUGGGCUGUGUGGGAGCGAUUAAUUAUAUUAACGUUAUUAUUAUCGCUUAUGCGUAUCAAAUGAUAUGUUGUGAUGUUAUGUACGUUACCUGCUUAAUUUGCUUAAAAUCGCAUAUGAGCAUAUUGAAGAAAGGCUUCGAAACCAUCCGUAUAAGAUGUCUAAGAGAAUUGAACUUAAAAUUGGAUUCCAGGGAACAUUUAAAUGAUUCCGACAUCAAGGAACUUGUUGAUAUGAUGAAUUUCGAAAUGAAAAAGUUCACGUUACAUUUACAAUCGAUAAUUAAAAACAUUCAAAUAAUAGAAGAAAUCUACAACAAAAUAAUACUUUUGCAAGUUUUAACAGUCGGUUUUAUGAUGGUUUGUUGUCUUUAUAUGAUGUCAACGGUUGGCAUGUUUUCAACAACUUUUGUAGCUCAAUUUAUUUAUUUAUUUGCUUUAACAACUCAAGUUACCUUAUAUUGUUGGUUCGGUAAUGAAAUUACUGUUGCUGGUUCAGAAAUACCAACGAGUAUUUAUCAAGGUGACUGGUUAUCCACAACAACUGGUUUUAAAAGAAGUAUGAUGAUUAAUAUGUUACGUUUAAAUAGAGAUAUUCAUCUUACAGUUGGUAAAUUUUCUCCUCUAACAAUUGCAACAUUAGUUAGUAUUUUUAGAGGAUCUUAUUCCUAUUUUGCUGUCUUGAGGAAUGUGGAGAAUUAA